GGAGUGUCAAUCGGUGCGGUGUCAAUCAGAGCCUCAGUUUCCCUUUCAUCUCUCCUUCCUCCCAGUGACUGAAGAGAGAGAAAAAGGAGGAGGAGGAGAAGGAGGGCGCACGGCUACAUUACCAACACACACAUACACACUCCGGUUACAUUACACUGUGGAAGCAGUGCGGGAGCAGUGGGAAGUCGGUCCACGGCGAUUUUUCCACUCUAUCUUCUUCUUUUUUUAAUGAUUGUUUUACGACUUUUUUCUUGUCGUCGUCGCUUUUAUCCCUUCCUCAUUACGAGCAGCUCUGAGGAUGUAUUUGUGAGGCUUCUUAAGUGUCCAAACUGUCUUUUCUUCUAGUUCCAUCAGUUUCACCUCCAGACGCUGUUUUGGUUUUCUCAGCUCACCUUUUUUUUUCUUUAUCUCCUUUCCUCUCACUCAAGGACGCUUCUUCACUUUGGACCACCGAGGAGGAAAUAUUUUCUCACUUUUUUCAAUUUUUUUGAUAUAAAUGCACUUUGAUUUGUUUUUACGGGACGUCGUCGGUUGUUGACUGAAAAACUAAGUGAUGUGGUUCUAACUCGUGGUUCGUCUCCUCUUUUUUUAUUUUCUCCUCAUGACAUUGAGGCCAGACUCUCAUUCUGAGCCCUUACAUCUUCGCUUUUUUCGGCUCCGAGUUUGAGUUUCGACGCAGAAGCUGCUCCACACGCCUCCUGUUGCUUCACCACCAACACCGGCAGCGUGUUUGCGCGCCGCGACUCCUUCCACCAAGUGACUCUCGGUCGGCGCUCCGGUGUGUGUGAGAGAGAGGGGUGGAUUUUAGUGGGAGUUUUCCUCCCUCUUUUCUGCACUACACUUUUUGUUGUCUCCGGCUUUCUUUUGAACGAACACAAACGCUGAAACAUGCCUCAGUUGUCGGGCGGCGGCGGAGACCCGGAGCUUUGCGCCACGGAUGAAAUGAUCCCGUUCAAAGACGAGGGAGACCCGCAGAAGGAGCAGAUCUUCGCCGAGCUGAGUCACUCGGAGGAGGAAGGAGACCUGGCAGACAUCAAGUCAUCGCUGGUCAACGAGUCUGAGAGCAGCCCCAACAGCAACAACCACCACGAUGCAGCUAGACAGUCCCAAAUACCGCAAGAUUCAUAUCAUGAAAAACACAGAGACCAUCCGGAAGAUGGAAAACAUCAAGACAUGUACAGUAAAGGCCAUCCAUACCCGGGCUACCCAGGUUACAUCAUGAUGAGCAACAUGAACGACUCCUACAUGAACAAUGGCUCCCUCUCGCCGCCCAUGCCCAGAACGUCCAACAAAGUCCCCGUGGUGCAGCCGUCCCAUGCAGUCCACCCGCUCACCCCACUGAUCACAUACAGUGACGAGCACUUUGCUCCGGGGUCCCAUUCUGGACAUCACCCCCAGGACAACAACAAACAAGGAAUGAGACAUCACCCUGGACCAGACAUGCCCAACUUCUACUCCCUGUCUCCUGGAGGAGUGGGGCAGAUCACACCCCCGCUGGGAUGGUUUUCACACCACAUGGUGCCCGGCCCUCCAGGUCCCCACGCCACAGGGAUCCCCCACCCGGCCAUCGUCAACCCACAGGUCAAACACGAGCCUCCGCAUGAAACUGACAUCAUGCACAUGAAACCCCAGCAUGAACAGAGAAAGGAGCAGGAGCCCAAAAGACCGCACAUCAAGAAGCCGCUAAACGCCUUCAUGCUCUACAUGAAAGAGAUGCGUGCCAACGUGGUCGCCGAGUGCACGCUGAAGGAGAGCGCCGCCAUCAAUCAGAUCCUGGGACGGAGGUGGCAUGCUUUAUCUCGGGAAGAGCAAGCUAAGUAUUAUGAGUUAGCCCGCAAGGAACGGCAGCUCCACAUGCAGCUCUACCCAGGCUGGUCCGCUCGAGACAACUAUGGAAAGAAGAAGAAGCGGAAGAGGGAGAAGAUGCAGGAAUCGGCCACAGGUACAGGCCAGAGAAUGAAAACGGCGUACAUCUGAGAAUAUGGAGGAAAACGGAACAGUUUCUCCACAUGCAAAGCAAAGGCAGCAGCUACGGGCCCUCUGCUAGAGAUGGAGGCCUGUUAAGAUUCCAUGAAGACCCUUAAAAUCUCCAAACUGAAGCCUCCAGUUCUCAGAGGACCCCGUCCCACCCCACACAACCCCGCUCCCCUUUCUACUCCGACACGAUCACAUGCCACCGCCACCGCCGAGACAAAAACACUUCACUGUUUGACUCCCUUCCUGAAGGCGCCUGCUGUAGAGACACCGAACUGAACUGAACAAGACAAUCAUGCUUAGAAGGAGCACCCUCAUGUAGCCGCGCUCCGACUGAAAAACCCAGAAAACAUCAAUUUGACGUCCGUGUUUUUGUCCGUUUUCCUUUAAAUAUCAGCUUUACUGCAAUCCAAGGCACUGCACUGAAAAACAGCAGCAAUUGUGAUGUGCGCACAAACUUCUCCCCCCGCACCGCCCAAACACUCCUGUUACUAAGUUAUUCUAAGUUAUUUGUCAUCUCUGUUCCUUUGUACAGUUCAUUAGGCCGACAUUCGCCCCCCGAACACCCUUCCCCUCCUUUUCUUUCUCUCUCACUGGAUUUUUUGAGACCAUUUGGGGUUUCGCCCGACCGACCAAACACCUCUUUUUAGACUGCACUAAGGAAGAUGGAGGGAUCUCAUCUUGUCUAAGAAACGUCUUCAAGACGCCAUUUUAGUUUGUCGCUGACCAGUUGGUGCAAAAAAAUGGAUCAACAUUUUUGAUUUGCUUUUCAUUUUAGACUGAAUUUUAUUUUGAAUGCUUUUUUUGUAUCUUUAACCCUUGUUUCGAUUUCUUGGUGUAUAUUUCAGUGAUUUUUUUAAUAUUGUUUUUUUUAUAUAGUGGUAUAUAUGAAAAUAAGCUUUGGACACAGGAAAGCCAUUUUUCUUGUUGAAGCGUCUUGCAGAAAAUUGAAACUUAAGGCUUCUUUUGAUAACUAUUUGUAACAAAUAGUGACCUCGAGUCUUGCUCAGAUGUAAAAUAAUGCUCAGUAUGUGUACUUUUUAAAACUGUCAGGAUAUGUCAAUUUUCUUGGUAUUUUUGCAGGCAACAUUAGGACAAAGGCGAGAGUGACAGCUCAGAGGCCUAUAUUUUAUUGUUCUAAAACAUGACAAAUGAAGCAGAUAUAUAUAUUUACCCCAGCACUUGACAGUCUUUCUUUUAUUGCAAUGGACCUUUGUCUUUUCUCUCUGGUAGCUAAUAGUGUGGUCUUUAGCCAUGUUGUUUAUUCCAUGCAAACAUCUCUGUAACAUUUUGAUUUUAAUGCUCUAUUUUAGUAUUACUUGAUGAAUUCCUUUUUUAAUAUCAUAUUUUGGGUCACUGUCAUCUUGGUUGUAGCAUUUUGCUUCUCCAAGCACUCAUAUUUGAAACGGUUUCAACAUGUUCUGUUUCGUUUUUGUUUUUGUUUUUUUAAAGAAAAAUAAAAAAAAGGCACCAUUGGCUCAUUGGAUCAGUUGUGUUGGUGGAAAGACCGGAGCUACAUGUGCCAGAUGUAACA